AUGGCACUCAAAGGACAAAUAGCUGUGGUUACGGGUGCGUCGAGGGGAAUCGGCCGUGGACUAGCACUGCAACUUGGCCAGGCUGGAGCAACGGUCUAUGUGACCGGAAGAGAACCGGAGCACAGUGACGCAGCCACCGACAAUUAUCUUCCAAGUUUGGAAAAAGCGGCAAGAGAAAUAACCGACUGCGGUGGUAAAGGAAUAGCAGCUUACGUUGAUCAUUCGAAUAUGGAAGAAGUAAAGCACUUCUUCGAGAGAAUUGAAAGGGAUUAUAAUGGUCAACUGGACAUCCUGGUCAAUAAUGCCUUUUCAGCUGCGAAGGCAAUUGUGGAAUCGGAGAAUAAGAAAUUCUAUGAAUGCCCUCCUGAGAUGGGGACGAAGUCAACAACGUAG